AUGGAAAACUUAUCUUCUACUACCCCUACUCAACAUGCUCAUUCUCAAUCAAUUUCUGAUACAUUACAUAAUACCACUGACCCUAAACAACUGCCUCAAACUGAUCAUUCUCAAUCAGUUUCUUCUAAUGCACCAUAUAAAUCCACCGAUCCUCAACCAAUGUUUACUAAUACACUAUAUAAAUUUGCUGAUCCUCAACCAACAUCUAACAAUGCUAACCCUCAAAAACAACCUAAAAAUCCUUCCACUGAACUAAAAAAGAAGCGAGAAGAGUAUGACAAUGAGCUCUCCCCUCAAGUGAUGGAUGUAAAUGAUUUUUCCUCUUAA